UUGCUUACUUGCCUCUUACAAAUCAUUAAUUAAAUUUAAAUUAAAGUCUAUUAAUUAAUGGGGCACCACUCUUGCUGCAACCAGCAGAAGGUGAAGAGGGGCCUGUGGUCGCCGGAGGAGGACGAGAAGCUCAUCAGGUACAUCACCACCCACGGCUACGGCUGCUGGAGCGAGGUCCCCGACAAAGCAGGGCUUCAGAGAUGCGGAAAGAGUUGUCGUCUGAGAUGGAUAAACUACUUGAGACCUGAUAUCAGACGGGGGAGGUUUACACCCGAAGAGGAGAAGCUCAUUAUCAGCCUCCAUGGCGCUGUAGGCAACAGAUGGGCGCAUAUAGCGAGCCAUUUGCCAGGAAGAACAGACAACGAGAUCAAGAACUACUGGAACUCGUGGAUCAAGAAGAAAAUACGAAAACCCUCGUCGUCGUCUUCAACAACCUCAACACAGAAAUCCGAUCAAUUGACGUUCACACAGAGCCAGCAGCAGCAGCUAGAGUUGUUGAACCAAGAUCAUAAUUACUCCACAAAAUCAUCACACGAAACCCUAUUCCCUCUGCCGAGUUCCUCAUUCAUGUUCGAGAUAAACCCAUCGUUGGAAGCUCCGAUCUUCCAAGAAAGCGCGGAAACAUCAAUAUGGCAGUUGCAGCCGGCGGCGGAGAUCGGGCAGUACACGAGCGCCAUGGCGCCGCUGAUCGUAGAUAACCCCAUGGAGGCGCACAACGCUGCGAUUCACGAUUGCAUUAUGCAGAGGAAUGAUAUGAAUGAAUGGGUUGUUGAUGCGCAGCAAUGCCCAAACUACUUCUUUUGGGAUCAAGCAGACGGCCAGCUCGGCGGGGAGGAGAUACUUAUUCCGACCGCCGCUAACAUCAAUACCAUAAUGUCUUCUUCUUUCCCUUCAUCUCUCUAACUCCCAAUUCAUGCACUUCUUCUGUUUAAUUAUACUUGUUUUAUUUCUCAAUUUUUUUGGGGGCGGAUUUAACAUUUUAUGUCUACUUUUGAGAGAGGUAUAUAUGUAUUGCACAAAGUGACUGAAUAGUGGUUUUUAUUUUUCUUUAUUGUCGUGUAAAGGAGACUUUAUUUUGGAGAAGAAUAAGUAUAUAUAUGUAUGUAUAUGUACAUGCAUGAAAUUCACAAAGUGCUCGAGUUUUAUUGCUUCUUCUUA